ACACGCACACAUUGACUAAUGCCUGACCUGCGGUCCCUUUACGGGGCAGAUCAAUCUAGCUGCCACACAGCCUUGGAGGGGUCAUCCACCAGGCGAUGAGCAGUGGUAGUGUAAUAGAAGCCAUGCUGGACGAAGCUCGGCACUCUCUCAAGGCUCUCUACCACACACACACCCCAGAACCACAGCUCAGGGGGUUGCAGCAGCCCAGCGUGAACUCCUCCGACAGUGGUGGACUACAAAUCCCAGCGUCCUCGCAGAGCAUGUUCCUCUGGGCAGGAAGUAAAGGAGUACAGGGAGGAGGAAGUGAGAGGAGGGCCGUCUACCAGAGUAUCCGGGAGUAUGACGUGUUGGACAAGAGGAAGACUGUGACAGCGCUGAGAGCAGGGGAGGACAGAGCCAUACUGCUGGGCCUCAGCAUGGUCCUCAUGUCUGUCAUGAUGUACUUUGUGCUGGGCAUCACCCUGGUGCGCUCCUACUCCGACAGUGUCUGGACCGAGGAGUCCAGCUGCACGGUGCUCAACUCCACCAUUGUGGGGGACGUCAACUGCAGCUACAGCUGCGGCUCGGAGUGCUGGAAGAACUCGCGCUACCCCUGCCUGCAGGUCUACGUCAGCCUCAACUCCUCGGGGAAGGUGCUCCGCCUGGCCCACAACGAGGAGGCCCAGGACAGCAACCCCGAGUGUUUCUACGUGCCUAAGUGUCGCAAGGACUACGCCGCCGCCGUCGCCAUGGCGACGAACAUCUCGGAGCGUCUCAGGAGGCAGCAGACGGUGCCGUGCUACUCGGACCCCGAGCAGAGGGAAGACAGCGCCAUCCUGACCCGCCUCUACGGACAGCUCGCCGUCUUCCACUCCCUCUUCUGGCCCACCUGCACCCUGAUUGGUGGGACCACCAUCGUCGCCAUGGUGAAGCUCACGCAGCACCUGUCGAUCAUGUGCGACCAGGCGAGCCGGAUCGGCAGGUGAAAUGGGCCGACGGGGGGUUGCUGUCGUGACAACCGUGCGAGGAGAAGGUUCCGGACAGUCAGACGUGGUCCACCUCUUCUAUGUUUGGACUCUGGAUUUGAACCCAUGUCUCCCAUGUAAUACAAAACAUACCAGAGCACUGACUGGACCAUCAAACCAGCAGCAAUGUCGUCUAGAGAGUCUUGGACCUCUACUGUGAUUCUCCGGCACACUCGGCCAACAGCAAGGAACCUCGCUAGUCUCCAUGGGAUGGAGGCGGUUCGGUGACCCUGCUUGUGUUAGCUUGCUUGGUCAGUGCCUUGGAAUCGAGCAGCAAAUCAAGUCCAAUCAAUCAUCGAUUUGCACCACAGAAGUAUGCGUGUGUGUGUGUGUAUGGGGGAGCGGCCUGACCUUGGACUGGUGACCAUGCCCUUCAGCUGCCCCUGGCAUCUUGGCGGGCUCUCCCAGAGAAGCACCGCUGGACUGGCAGCGAGGAUAGGUGAAUCACUGUGAGCUUGAGACACGUACACACACUCACACACACACACUCACACACACACAUGUAGCUUUGUAAAGCCUCCAGAAACAGAGCCAGGGUGUGAGAAGACGAGGAUCAGGGAGCGUGUGCAGCAGCGGCCCUGACCCGCCCUUGACCCGCUACCGUCGGCGCUACUGAACCAGCCAGGUUGUGGCGACAACUUAGUGACAUGUGGACAAAUGUUUCGAACCACCCACCUCCCUAGAUUCUGCUCCAAGCCUGUCGUCUCCUGUUACCCACAGUGUCAGGUGGAAGCUUGCACAACCCCGGGGGGGGGGGGGGGGGGUGUAGAGCUUUCCAGGGCCCCCUCACCAGGGAUGUGACCUCCCCCUCCACAGCCCUGAACAGGAGCCACCCUCGGCCCCCACCCUCGGCCCCUAGCAUGCUCCACAGACACGGGAAGAAUUUGGAUCCGUUUAAGGGUAAGAUGGUGAAAAUGACCCCCAGCUUAUGAGAGGGUCAAAGGGUCGCUUCUGCUAACUUGCUAAUACCUAACAUGUUGUCUCAGAUCCGCAGAGGGGUGCGACAACUGGGGUUAGGUGUUCUUCCUGGAGAGGUCUGGGAAACGGAGACUCCCAUGACCAAGCGAAUUAUCUGGGAGGGCUUGUUUUUGUACCAGUUUGUCCGUCAGGAGAAAAGGGUUUGUCACAAGUGAAUGAUAUAGUUUGACAACCUAGAUGUCUUAGAAGUCCAAAAUGCCUUAUGUAAUGUUCUGAUGACUAAGUCCCUGUACUGUUCUAAAGCUAGUAAAGAAAAAAGGGGAUUGCUUGAAAUGUAGGCCAUUAGCUGCAGCACACUGAAACACAAAUCCAUUAGAGAGGUGGGGGGUAUUCACAGAAGGGUGAUUGAUCACAGUCAUUCAGACCGAUUUGGAGAAACGUCAAUUAUUCAUCAUUGGCGACACAGCUGGGCAGCCACUGCUAUUUCUGUUGGUUGGUUGUGCUGUCGUCAACUUCAUCACGUCUCAUGUGUGUAUCAUGUAUGUAUCAUUUAUGUAUUAUGAAGUGUUUAAAACUUCUGUUGGACCUGCCUGCUCAGAAAGCUUCUGAGCUGAACAUCCGGUAGUUUCCGGAUGAUUCAGGCGGUGGUGAUAGGUCUUCACAAACACACACACACACACAAA